AUGGAAAUGAAACAUAAUGAAGAAAAUUGGAAAAAUAGCACACAACUAUUAACAACAAAUUAUUCACCAUUAUUAUUAAAUAGUCGACGAUCAUCAGUUAGUCCCAAAAAUAGAACGUUAAUGAAUCAAAAUAAUAAUAAUAAUGGAGGAGUAGAUAAUGGAAAAGAUGAAAGUGAUAGUCUAAGUGGUUAUAGCGAUGAUGAUACUCAUAAACGAAAACAACGACGAUACAGAACGACAUUUACAUCAUUUCAAUUAGAAGAAUUGGAAAAAAGUUUUCAACGAACACAUUAUCCAGAUGUAUUUCUUAGAGAGGAAUUGGCUCUUCGAAUUGAUUUAACAGAGGCCCGUGUUCAAGUAUGGUUUCAAAAUCGUCGUGCAAAAUGGCGUAAACGUGAAAAAAUGAAUCCUGCUUGUGCAACAUCAAAUGCUAUCAGUCAUCAAUUAUCGAAUUAUCCAACAUCACUUUUGUCAAGAAUGGCAUCCUUUUCUCAAGCUGAAUUACUCUCAUCUUAUUCUUUAUUAUCAGCAGCAGCAUGUCCUCCUCAACUACCGUUACAUGUAUAUCCUCCCUAUUGGUCUGCACCUUCAUCAAAUCUAUUUGCUUAUCCAAAUAUUGCAAUUCUUCAACAUUUAGCCGCACAAGCUGCUGCAGCUGUUUCAUCUAAUACUACCAUCACUGCUAUUCCAAAUUCAUCCGAAUCAUCAGCAUCUUCAACCUCGCUUGAGAGCGAACGAGAACAUCCUUCAACACAACCAGAAUUGUCAUCAUCAUGUUCAUCUCGCUCACAAAGUCCCAUGUUACUAAAAUUGGAAAAAAUUGAAUCAAACUCACCAACGAACAGUAAGCAAGAUGAAAAAACAACAGAUUUUCCAUCACCACAAACAAAUAAGAAAACAGCAAGAAAACGAUCUGUAUCACCGGCUGGUACAAAUAGUUCUGAAUCAAUCAAAAAAUUAAAAACAUCAUUAACAUCAACUAAACCAGAAACUGAGUUAACUACAAUACAUGAAAAACAAACGAGUUUCACGGCAAUUGAAGUAGAAGAAAAUCGAAGAACAAGUAGUAUUGAAGCACUUCGUAUGAAAGCUCGUGAAUAUACAAUAAAACUAGAACUGACAUCACCGAAUAAUGUUGGUGUUGUUUUAUGA